AUCGGUUCAGUCGCUGUCCAGUCAUCCAUCGUUUUAGUGAUAUUCUUAUUUUCUCCUCAUUAUUUCGCGGCGUGUAUCGUAAUCCAAGUUUUACUUGGCCAGAUAUCCGGUUCCAGUGGCAGCCGAUCGUGGAUAUUCCAGCAAAGAAAGAAGAUCUGUAAGCUGGGUUUCGUUUUUUCGAAAUUUUUGAGACCAAACAGCAAAAAUUUGGAGGAAUAAAGUGCGGAAAAGCUUUGUGGAGCUGAGUCGUUUGGUGGAAAACUUAUGAGCAAUAUUCAGAGCAGGCGAAAUUGGAAAACAAAAGUAGAGUGUACCAAAACAGUUGCGACCGAAGUCAGGGAGAAGAAUUUGGGGAGCUAACGGAAAUAAAUCUAGCAGAUUAAUCUUGCAGAACAAAAGUGCCACAAUUACACCGGUGCGUAGGAGUGACGAAAGAUUAAUAGCUUCGCCCAGAGAGCGUCCGGUGACAGAUAAUCAGUGAAGAAUUUGAGUGGAACAAGGGGAAGACAACCGGUGUGUCGCAAAUCUAGAGCAAAAGUCCAAAUAGGGAAUCGCCACGAUGCGUGAAUACAAGAUUGUCGUGCUCGGAAGUGGAGGCGUUGGCAAAUCCGCCCUCACAGUGCAGUUUGUUCAGGGUAUAUUCGUGGAAAAGUACGACCCAACGAUAGAGGACAGCUACCGCAAACAGGUUGAGGUGGACGGUCAACAAUGUAUGCUGGAGAUUUUGGACACCGCUGGAACGGAACAAUUCACGGCGAUGCGAGAUUUGUACAUGAAGAAUGGGCAGGGUUUCGUGCUGGUGUACUCCAUCACUGCACAAUCGACGUUCAACGACCUGCAGGACCUCCGGGAACAGAUCUUGAGGGUGAAGGACACUGACGACGUUCCGAUGGUUCUGGUCGGUAACAAGUGCGAUCUAGAGGACGAACGAGUAGUCGGCAAGGAGCUAGGUAAAAGUCUCGCCAAUCAGUUCAACUGUGCAUUCAUGGAAACGUCAGCCAAAGCCAAAAUUAAUGUUAACGACAUUUUCUACGACUUAGUUCAACAAAUUAACAAAAAAUCCCCCGAAAGAAAACCCAACAAAAAGAAGAAAUCAUUAUGUGCGUUGCUCUAAGUAAGCUUAUAUUAUAAUUACUACUAAUAAUUAAAAGUAAUAAUUUCGAGAGAAAAGUGUUGCAAGGAAAAUGAAGCAAGAAAAAGGAAGAUGCAAACCUGAAUCGGGGCUGGUAAAGUAAGGUUUAAACCACAAAAAAAAAACAAAAAAAAAAGUAACAGACGACGAAUGGUUCGUUAAAAUUUAGUAAGUGAACUAAAGGAAAGUUAUGAACAUUAUAUUAAUAUAAAUUGAACAACCGGGCUGGAAAGGCGUUAGUUAGAAAUGCCGCAAGGAUUGGCGAUGGCUCGACAUCGAGAAUGUGUAAGCGAUGGAAGCGAGAGAGAGAGUGAGAGAUAGGGAGAAAAAGAGGGCGAGAAAGAGAGAGCAAGAGCGUGAAAAUGCGAAUGAAAAAAAAACAGUUGUUAGCACCGGCAAAGUAUCAUUUCAGUGAGACAGCAAGAUCACUACUUAUUUGAUAGUUUUAUUAAAGUAUGAGAUACAGCGCCAGAAAGUGAAACUAUUAUGGAAACAGAAGGAAUUUUGCGUGGUACAACAAAACUGCACACACAGAUGAUUGACUAUCCCAUAUCGCAUGCAAAAAAAAAGAUUGUGUGAAAUUGUCUAACCGAGAAAAAAGAAAAUACAACGUGUCGUAAUGUUUUUCAUCACCGCCAUCAUUGUUAAUUGUGAUCCUUUCGCUUUGUUCGCGUAACCAUUAUUAACAAACAAAGAAAAGCAUGCAACUGAAGUCAAGAAACAUAAAAAUAGAUUCUCUUUGGAAAAGCACUGAUCUAUUUCUUUCCUAUCGUGAGACGUGUGGUUACUCUUUUUCUAAAACCGUGAUUCAUCGGCUUCCAAUUUAUAUACAUUUUUUACCUUCUCUAGCUACAUGGAAUUACGAUUUUCUAUUAAAAAUGCUGUUAUUAACUUUCACACGGAGCCUCAGAUUCACACGAAGCAAAUUACCCAAAUAAAAAAGAGUUCUGAAAUUUCAAGUGGAAUAUAUGUUAAGAGUGUAAUGUCGACGGACUUGUAUCAAAAGGCGAUCAAUGAUUAAAUAGAAUCUAGUAUUGACACCGUGUAGAUGACGUGUUUCCCGAAGAAAAAAAUAACACAAAAACCCGAAAACAAGAGACUUCUCCGGAUAACAUAGUUGUUCAAAGGAUAAAAAAAUAUAAAGUUUACGCAACGUAAGUACACACAACAACAAAAAAAAGAAGAAAACAACAACCAACAAUCAUCUACCGAAUCCGUAUCAUAUUAUAAAUAACAAAUUGAUAGUUGAAUUCCCGAGUAAAACGAAUAAUUAGCGAAGAAGGAAGAAAAAUACCAUGAUAUCAGUACAACUGAGUACAAGUAUUAUGUAUAAAAUCUCCCGACGAGAAACCGAAACUGAGGAAAUCAAAUAACAACAGGCUGAAGUAAGGUAAAUGAUUUUUUUUACUGCUUUCAUAUAAUUGUAUUGAUUUUUUUCAUCGAUGGAUGAUUCUUAUCAAACGAAAGUUUGUACUGGAAUCGCACUGGUGUGGGAAGAAUAAUUUCUGACAGAUGUUGUAGGUAAACUCCCUACUGAAAAAAUUGAAUUCAACAAACAUUUGAUUGGAGUGCCAAACACACCUACAGAUUGCAGUUUACCUGAUAGCUUGUUAAUAUCCGUUAUCUAGCUAGAAUUUGGUUCGUAUCAACAAAUAUACUAUGUUUCAUUGUUGUUAUAUGGAAGCUAUGUUGUAAAUUGAACCCUUAGAAUGGCUGAAUUAUUCCAGAGGAUGUAAAGCAUUACGGAUUUAUUUUAUAAAAUAAAUUUGUGUUGAUGAACAAACACGAGGCAUUUAAUAUUCGCCAUUAUGUCAUUUUUUGAACAAAGUUAGAGAAAGUUGGUAUUAUUUUAUUUUUUAUUUUUACCAUGACAUAUGACUACUUAUAAACACUGUUUUGGUUGUGUCCUUUGCUAUUAUUUCACCCUUUUGAUAUAUAAGAAUUGAUGAGGGCGUAUAGUCUCAGAUACAUACUCGCCCUCAUCAAUUUUCAUGUCAUCCAGAAGAAGACAUGAUACCAGAAAGAAUAAGAAAGAUUGAUAAAUAUAAUAAAACAAAGAAUAACUUUCACUUUAAUUUUGACUAACAUCUUAUCUGAAGUCUACAAAUUUACUGCUAUCACUAAUGUCAAUAAUUCCUCAGUAUUCAAGCAUUUUGAAUUUUUCCCAUGGAACAUUGGAAAUACGUAAAUUGUGAACUUCUUUUGAUACAUAUUUUCAAAAAUUCAUCAGAACUAGCUAUACAAACAAUACACUAAUAUUUAAAUUAGUAUUCGUUGAAGUUUCAAAGAAAAUCCCUGCAAAUAAUAUUAUCAUUGGCACGCCGGGAGAUGUAAUAUACAUAAUGGCCAGACUUGAAACAUGAAAAAUUAGAAAAAAAAACAAACACAAA